AUGGCGGACAGAUUAGCAACUGUGUUGGAAACGUACCGCGGACGAGAGAAAAUAAUGCGAUUACUACAGUACGCAAGCUUUUUGGCAAGUGGAGGACUGCAUAAGGUGUCGUGUGAAGCUACUGGUGAAAAGUUUCGAAUUUUCGCUGAAGCUAUGAGCGAGUGUCGAACGGUUCUUCGAUUGUUCGAUGACGCGGCAAUGAUUUCAUUCGCGCGAAGUUAUGGAACAGGAAAGGAGGUAAUAAAGAGAAAAAGAGGGAAAAGGGAAAGAUAUCAAUUACUUUGUUUAAGACAGCAACAGGACCAAAAAGAACCGAAGAAUAAGGAGUCAACCUAAAAUAGUUUUUGCGUUCUUUGAAAAACUUACAAUUUUAUUUCAACAGCUGAGAUUCUUUUGUUACUCUGCCUUAAUUCACAGAAUAACCACGAACUCUGGCUGAUCGGUGUAAACCAACGCCUUAAGAGGAAGCAUAUGUAAGCAUAUGCCCCUUCUUAGGCUUUUUAACUAUGCGAAAUAUGAUUGGAAAAAUUAUGCAGAUUAAGGAGGGUGUUAUCAGCCGAGGUGUAUAUGUUGUGGUUCAAUUUUAUCCUUGGUUUAAUUUUUAUUUUCUUUUGUUGUGGGGUAUGUUGAUGUAUGAUAAUGAAAUUAAUACAAAAGAAGAUAAAGAUUAAACCAAGGAUAAAAUUGAACCACAACAUAUACAUGUAGCAGCCUGUGAGAAAUUCAUUUCCUACAAAAGCUAAAUCUAGUUAUAAACAAAAUAUUCCCAAGUGCUUUUACAUGCAUAUGCACCAGUCAUUUGAAACCCCAGUUCUAAUGUCCAGGCCUCCGUUGUUGAAAAGGUGGAUAAUGCUGUCCAUUGGAUAAAUCUCUGUCCACCGGAAAGCACAAUAUUUUUUAAUUGAUUUUUCUAAUACAUAUCCAAUGGAUAGUGAUUUAUCCAGUGGAAAGUGCUAUCCAUCUUUUAAACAACUGGGGCCAGAAAGGUUGCUAAUAUGCAUAAGCAGGCAGCAUUUAUUUGGACUUCCACUGAAAAGAAAUGUAUAGAACGUAAUCUGAUCAGGCACAUUUGGACUUUCUAUCGCUGGUAAUGGAUCAGUCAUGUGCCUUUUGACCUUGCGUCAUGUAUGGCUUACACAAAUCACAGUAUUAAAAGCAAGAGCGUUGUGACCUUCAAUCGAUCUCACCCACACUUCCUAACCUUUGCUUAUUACUAAUAUUAUUAUUUUUGAGUGGUGGCAUUCCUUUAUGAGGUCCGUUCAUCUGGGUUUCAGUAGCUGAAUGAGGGAGAUACAUGUACUUCUUUGGUUAUUUUUGCAGGAAAGUGACAAAAUUGUACGCUGGACCAACCUCUUUGAUAUCUUCUGCGGUCUAACUUUUUAUCCCUUGGAACACAUUGCCUGGGCAAGGGACAAAAAAAUACUUCGAGGAAAAUCUGCUAAAUUGUGGGACCUGGGCCUCUACUGUUGGAUAGGAUCACUUACUGCUUGCAUUUUAAGGGACCUGUGGCUUUUUAAAAAGCUUCAACAACAAGAGAGGAAG